AUACGUGUCAUUUGAUAUGUCUGUGCGUGAGUGUGUGGCCAGUCACACACACAGCUGCAUGUUUCAAAGGUAGGUCUGUAGCUCUGGGGGGAAACCCCAGUGUCUAGAAUUAAUCUUCUAACACAGAGAGCCUUUUCUUUUUGCUUGGUUUGUGGUUCCUUUUUGCUGCUGUUGUUUUGAAGGGAACCCUUGAAGGUGGACUAGAGACCCUCGCCUGUUCCCUCCCACUUUGCAAGAGGGAACCCAGAUGGGGAAUGAAAGGUGACCACGGAGAAGCAAAAGAAGGAAACCAGUGCUUUCCAUAUCAGCUGUGCAUGCAGGGGCCAUAGGAGACAGGAUGUGGUAGUGCUAAAGGAUUCAUCGUGCAUUUCUGUGCCAUCUUUGGUUGUGUUAGACAUUUCUGGUGACCAUGAUGGAGGCCGAAGAGCAGGAGGAGGAUGUGAAAGCCUCAUCUGAGGAUAAACCUAAGAGCACGACACAGAACUGCCUGCGCUAUGCACCUCUCUGGAUUGUCCUUGUUCUUCUGGCUGGAGCUGGAGUGCUGACCUGGUAUUUUGUAGACUACAGACCACAGUUUCUGGAACCAACCAUCCUGCAGUUCUACUCUGGUAGCCUCCGGAUCCUCAAUCACCAGUACUCCCUGGACCUUGGACGGCUGGAAUCCAGAGCCUUCUGGACUGAAUCAGCCAAGCUACAGAAGAUGAUGAAACAACUUAUUCGUGCCACGGAGCUGAGUUCAUAUUACAACUCCAGCACAGUGUAUGCCUUUGGGGAGGGCUCCCUGACCUUCUUCUUCUGGUUCGCCCUUCAAAUGCCUGAGAGUCAGCACAAGGGGAUGACUGCUGAGAGGGUGAAGGUGACACUAAACAGGGAGCUUCUUGCCAGCAUCAACAGCACAGGCAGCCUGUCUUACCAGACAGAAUACAAGCUUGACCCAAAUUCUCUGGUUCUGCUGGAAUCCAGUGUGAAAGACUUAUUAGUGCUGAAAUCCACUCUGGGUUGUUACAGAUACAGCUAUCUGCGGGAGGAUGAAGCCCUAAAACUGAAGGGCCCUGACUACUUGGCCUCCAGCUGUCUUUGGCACCUCCAUGGCCCCAAGGGUCAUAUGAUCAAGCUGCAUCUGGAGUGGACCCUCCCGGACUGCAGGGACCGACUGGCCAUGUAUGACGAGGCUGGGCCGCUGGAGAACCGUCUCAUCACCUCAGUCUAUGGCUGCAACCGUCAGGAGCCCGUAGUGGAGGUCCUUUCUUCAGGCCAUGUCAUGGCUGUGGUGUGGAAGAAAGCAAUGUACAGUUACUAUGAUCCUUUCAUCCUCUCUGCCCAAGCUGUACCCCUUGAAGCCUGUCAGGUAAAUCUAACACUUCCAGAAGACAUGGAGCUGCGGGGGAAGAUCAGCACUCCAUACUACCCCAGCUACUAUGCACCCAACACACAGUGCACCUGGCACAUGAUGGUCCCAUCUCUCGACUACGGAGUUGUGCUCUGGUUUGAUGCCUACGCGCUCAGGAGGCAGACGCAUGACCUGCCGUGCACUCAAGGCCAGUGGAUCAUUCAGAACAGAAGGUUGUGUGGCCUGCGGACCCUGCAAGCUUACGCUGAAAGGAUUCCAGUAGUGUCCUCUGCUGGCAUCACCAUCAGCUUCACAUCUCAGAUCUCCUUGACUGGACCUGGCAUGCAGGCCGCCUACAGCCUAUACAACCAGUCGGAUCCCUGUCCCAGGGAGUUCCUCUGCUCUGUGAAUGGCCUGUGUGUCCCAGCAUGUGAUGGGAUCAAGGACUGUCCCAAUGGACUGGAUGAGAGGAACUGCGUGUGCUCUGCAAAAUUCCAGUGUCAGGAAGACAGCACCUGCAUACAGUUCACAAGGGUCUGCGAUGGUCGUCUGGACUGUGUCAACGGGAGCGAUGAGGAGCAGUGCCAUGAAGAUGUUCCCUGCGGGUCAUUCACCUACCAAUGUGCAGAUGGGUCCUGUGUGAAGAAACCCAACCCUGAGUGUGACUCAGUUGCAGAUUGCAAGGACCUGUCUGAUGAGAAGAACUGUGAUUGUGGAUUACAAACCUCGUUAAACCGGAUCGUGGGUGGCGUCAACACUCUAGAAGGGGAAUGGCCAUGGCAGGCUAGCCUGCAGAUCCGUGGACGCCAUAUUUGUGGUGGAACACUCAUUGCUGACCGUUGGGUGGUCUCAGCUGCCCACUGCUUCCAUGAUGAAAGACUGGCUUCCCCAUCCAUCUGGACUGUCUACUUGGGCAAGUACUUCCAGAACACCAGCAGCUACAAUGAGGUGUCCUUCAAAGUGAGCCGCCUCCUCCUGCACCCAUACUAUGAGGAGGACAGCCAUGACUACGACGUGGCCUUGCUCCAGUUAGACCAUCCAGUUAUCAGUUCACCCUUCAUCCGGCCUAUAUGCCUGCCUGCCCGCACCCACCUCUUUGAACCUGGUCUCCAUUGCUGGAUCACUGGAUGGGGGGCCCUCAAAGAAGGAGGCCACAUCAGUAACGUCUUGCAGAAGGUAGAUGUGCAGCUGAUCCAGCAGGACAUCUGCAGCGAGACCUAUCACUACAAGAUCUCUCCCAGAAUGCUCUGUGCUGGCUACCACAAGGGCGAGAAGGAUGCCUGCCAGGGUGAUUCUGGAGGUCCCCUUGUCUGCAAGGAGCCCAGUGAGAGGUGGUUCCUAGCUGGCCUGGUGAGCUGGGGGCUAGGAUGUGCCCGUCCAAAUUAUUACGGGGUCUACACCAGGAUGACGCAGGUGCUGGGCUGGAUGAAGCAGACGAUGAGCUGAGGAGUGUCUGUGCCUUCCCCAUUCAUUAUCUCCUCCUGACACUGGUCAUUUUGUCUCCAGUGAUGGGAAAGAGAGACUUUGUUUCAAAGUGUUGUCAGGGUUGGGAGGCCUGCAGCCUUCAGUAUGAACUCAAAGAUAAUACGUAGCAGAGGAAAACUAAGGAGAAGUACCAGAAGAAGUGUCCCCCACCCCCCACUCGUCUCAAGAAAUGUCCAAUUUUUUAUUAAGGUCAAGCACACGAAGGGCCAGGGCUAUGGUGCAUUCUGCAGGGGGGCAAGGGAGCAUAAGUUCCCAGGGUUCCUGGACAGAUGUUUUCUGGUUAAGUUACUGGGGGGGGGGGAAGGCAUGGGCGAACUCCAUGAUUCAUUCCCUAUCCCAAAGCUGGCACACUUGCCGAAAGAAAAUCAUACUGAUGUAGCUAGAGCUGAGCUCCCCGUGACUGUGAAAACAAUUUGCUUCUCUCUGUCCCUGCCUGUCAUUCAUCCUUCUCUUUCCCCUUCCUCCUUGCCUUACACCUCCUCCCCCUGCUAAUUGCUGCUUUUCUUAGCUAGAGCAUGUGGUUAGGGUUCAGCUGUGCAACUGUUAUGUAUCAGUGCCUCAGGUCAGAAGACCAUCGCUAUGCCGUUGUGUGUUGCUGCAUCUCUCCUGUAAUAGCGCCACCCUCUUUUGCUGUAGUUGGACUCCUUCAGGCGGAGUUCCUGGCCAUCUGAGAAGCCUCCUUCCCAGUUCUGU